AUGAAUUCUCCCUCCGUUCGACCAUCUCAGAACACUCCGAACACGACUGGCUCAACUUCACGAUCGUCCUACCCAUUCCCACUACAAGAUGCCUCUCUACAGCGUGGCACGCUUCGUAGAGGAUCAACGGCAAGCUCGGUGACAAGCACGGUACCCUCGAUAGCAGAAUCUCAGCCAAAUGCUAUUUCAUCCCUAUUGCAGCCGCCCAUAUUUCGUACAGGCUUGCGACCAGCAGAUGCCGGCUUCAAGCCACCAACAUCGAGGGAUAUUCCUCCCGUCACCUUGACCAAUAUCCCACAUGUCGAAUCUAAAGUGUUCCAGUCUUAUUUGUCACAAGUUGGCUCACUUUACGAAGCCUUUCAGAGAGCCAAGAAUGACAUUGAUGGGGAUAACACGGCUCUGUUUCAUCGUGAUAAGAAAGAGAAGGUAGAGGACUGGGAAACAGUAUUGAGCCAGAAGCUGCAACGACCUGCUCACUCGAGAACUGGCUCUAUCGCCUCUUUAUCUUCACCUACAGAACCACCCUCACAACCCCGCCGGCGACCGAGUCAUCAGAAACGCCAUGCUCCUACGCCUCUAUCCACUGUGCCCGCCGUCUAUGGAGAGGAGGACUUUCACCUGGAAAAUCCUCGUACAUUUGACAUUGUAUCUGAGCACAGUGAGAUUGUCAGAGAUCCAAACGCAGCUCCUUCUGGUCGGAAAUCCUUGGCUACAAAUGCUAUUCUGCAAGAAAAGCUUUCCUGGUAUAUGGACACAGUUGAAGUACACUUGAUAUCCUCCAUAUCCACCGCCUCGCAAUCGUUCUUCUCUGCUCUAGGAUCCCUCAAAGAGUUACAUGACGAAGCGGAAGAGUCCGUCGCUCGUAUACAAAGCUUGAGACGAGAUCUUGCCAAGCUCGACAAAGAUCUGGCAUCUGAUGGUCUGAAAGUCGUCAAAUUGAAACAACGUCGAGACAAUGUCCGUCGCUUGGCCGAAGCAAUGUUUCAGCUCGAGGACAUUGUAUGUGCUGUAGACGAUUGUGAGCAAAUGGUUGAGAGUGGUGAAUUCGAUGAUGCCCUUGACGAUCUCGAUGAUAUAGAACGUCUCAUGGCUGGCAAUGAGCCAAAAAGGCCUUCGCGCAACGGUAGGCAAAAUACCUACAAAGCCAUCGAUCUGCGGCGGAUGCAUGCACUUCAAGGAGCCUCUGACGACCUCAACCGCUUACGCUCUCGUGCCGGUCGCGGCUAUGAAACUCGCUUCCACAAUUGUCUACUGAAUGAUAUGAGGCGACAUGUAAAAGAGACUGAUGCUAAUGCCACACUGCAGCGAUGGGGCGUUUCCUUCAAUCGGCCCAAAGCUGGUCAGCGUCGUGCACCUUCCACCUUCCCUUCUUACAUGAACAUGUCUGCCGAUUUCCGCUCAGAGCUUGAGCACGCAAUACAGGGCUUAGCUCGAGCUAGAUGUACUACCACCGCCGUCACUUCUUUUCGUGCAGCAGUUCUGAAAGAGAUGAAAGCCAUGAUACGCCGUCAACUACCAAGUUCGAACGACGACGAUAACGUUUCCACAAUUUCAGCCUCUACUCAUGGCGGUCGUGGACGCACUCAGCAGGAGAAAUCGUCCAUACUAGCCCGCAACAUACGGGCCAUGGAUGCUACAGAUUGGUAUUCUAUGCUAGUUUCGGUGUAUACUAAUGUCAGUGAAUGCCUGCGAAGGUUGAGCGUUCAGGUCAAAAUACUGCUGGACGUUACAAGUACGAUGGAUCAAGCACGGCCAGACGUGUCGAAAUUGUCGUUACCUACAGAUGCAUCAGGACACAUGCGGACACCUUCUACUGGUAGACAUCGCGCAAGUUCGAUACAGGCAGAAAUGCAACAGGCUCUGGACCUUUCAAGUCUACUUGGAGAAGCGGUGGAUGCCGUUCAGAGUCAGGUUACUAAAGUAAUUAAGGUUCGGUCACAACAGAAUAGCGAGAUGUUGUUGGAGGAGUUCGUUCGAUUCGUCACCCUAAAUCGGCUAUUUGCGGAUGAAUGUGAAGCAAUCUCAGGUAUGAGUGGUCAGGGGCUGAAAUCAGUGGUUGAUUCUCAGAUCAGAGAUUAUGUUUCUCAGUUUGCGAACUCCAAAUUACAGAAUCUGGUAGAGAUCAUGGAUAGUGACAAGUGGGAAGCUAAAGACUUCGGAGAUCAGCAGAACCUUCUGUUGCAGCGCGUUAUGGACGGGAGCACGAGUGAUGCUCAGAGCUGGCUUCAGAACGCACAGAUCUGGCUGCCUCUACCAAGCGAUACUCUGCACGAAAACGGCACUGUACAGGAUAACGACGCUGAAGUUAAGGAGAAGGUGCGACUGGCGACUAUCGAUGAGCAGAAGUACAUCUUGCCCGCUUCUCCUAUUGCGAUGCUAGGCACAAUCGAAUCUCUUCAAAGUCUGACAGUAGGCAUCCCAGGUAUGGGGCAAGAGUUAGCCACGAGUCUUCUUGAUUGCCUGCGACAAUUCAAUAGUCGGACUUCACAAUUAAUCCUGGGAGCAGGGGCCACGCGGACUGCAGGACUCAAGAACAUCACCACCAAACAUCUAGCGUUGUCUUCACAGGGCUUGAGCUUCAUAAUCGCGUUAAUGCCUUAUGUUCGCGAAUUCUACAGGAGAUACCUGCCACCUAAUACUGCUAGUUCAACAAUGGGUGAAUUUGACAAGGUGAAGCGUUCAUUCCAAGAACACCAGAACAGUAUACACGAGAAGCUAAUCGAUAUCAUGUCCAACCGAGCGUCAAUGCAUGUUAAGAGCCUGAAAGCAAUCAAUUGGACCGAAGCAGCACAGAACGACUUGGAUGGCGUCUCCAAAUACAUGGAGACCUUAACGAAAGAGACGGCGACCCUGCAGAAAGUGCUCGUGAAACACUUACCGGAGGGUGUGGUAACGGGCAUCAUGAUCCCGGUGUUCGACAGCUACAAACAGCAACUCGAAAAGGCCUUUUCUGACAUACAAGUACAAAGCGAGGCUGAGAAAAAGAGAAUUUUAAAUGACGUUGCGCAUUUCAGCUCCAGAAUGGGUAAGCUGGAAGGUAGUGGGGAUCUAGGUCAGAAAGUGUUAGAUGUUGUACGGAAUAAAGCGAUAGCUGUUCCGUCUGCAAAUGGUGGUGGAUCGUCAAAAUUAGAGACUGAGCCUCAGAGGGUGUCAACCGAGUUGGCGCCGAAAGCUCCUGAGGACAAAUGA